AUGCCAAAAGCUUCAGAAAGACCGAAACUAUUGCUGCUGGGAGACUCCCUUACCCAAACUUCCUUUGAAGGAUGGGGAUCCGGUCUCGCACAACGUUACCAACGAAGAGCUGAUAUCUUGAAUCGUGGAAUGAGUGGGUACAAUACGCGGUGGUUCUUGCAAUAUGCCAAGGAUAGUGGGAUCUGGGAAGAACCGGGGACGGUCAAGCUAAUUACCAUUUGGUUUGGUGCCAACGAUGCUUCACUGGCCAAGCACAAUCCGCAUCACCACGUUCCUAUCGACGAAUAUUCCAACAAUCUGAAACGACUGGUCAUUUCGGCGAAGGAGACCUAUCCAACAGCAGGUUUGGUCAUGAUCACACCUCCUCCCGUCCAUCACGAGCAGCGAUUCGAGUACCAAAAGCAACGUUACGGAGACAAGGCUACUGGUACAUUGGAACGAACCUUGGACAAUGCUGAAAAGUAUGCCGAUGCCUGUAAAACAGUCGCCUCCCAAUUGGAUGUCCCAUGUUUGAAUAUGUUUGAUCUAAUGGUGAAGGAAGGUGGGGACAAUUGUGGAUUUGGAAAGUACUUAUGGGAUGGCUUACACUUUUCGUCCGAGGGGCAUGAUUUUGUGUUGGAGAAACUGCUGGCUUUUAUCGAGAAGCAUCAUCCAUCCAUGUCCGUAAAAAUUGAUGAGGUCACAAAACAGCCUAAUAAUUCCGGUACGGUAUGCACGGGCAUUCCCAACAGUGGUCCCUACCACGAUGAGAUUGAUCAUGAGAAUUGGAAAAAGAGCUUUGGUGAUUUCCAGAUCAAGACUGAUGAUUCGUCACCUCCUCGCAAAAAGGCGAAGACUGAAGAAUCCACCAGUCCAACAGCAAAAAAGUAG